CGUCGAAAUAAACCCGAAACGGUGCGAAGAUACAAACGGUAAUGGCAGGUUAAAAACUGGAGAAACGGGCUGGAAGCUAAACAAAAUCAUCGGCACCCGCAUCUGAAGAGCAGAAAAAUCACGUUGUUAUCUGGCGUGACAAGAAGACGUGACUUUCGUGACAUCUAUGUAGCAUGUGCGUUUUUGAAGACUCCGCUGGCUGAAGUAUCACUUGGAACGACGUAGAAAUUUAACAUGACUUUCAAAUUUCACCCGUUUUUCGCGCUCUUAUCAAGAACAACGAAGAACGGUUUGAAAGGCUGCAUAUCAAGCAGGAUGAUUGGAAAUAACACUAGAAAUGGAAGUACAUGUAGUGGAGUCAAUGGAAGCAAUGGCUAUUCAUCAAACAGAAAUAUUACAGUGGCUAUUGAAGGAAACAUAGGCAGUGGAAAAACAAGUCUUCUGCAGUUUUUCAAGCAAAACUCAUCGGUGGAGGUAAUCGAAGAGCCUGUGAAAAAAUGGCAGAAUGUCGAUGGGAGUAAUACUCUGGAGCUUAUGUACAGUGACCCAAAGAGAUGGAGUUAUUUAUUUGAGUCCUAUGUCCUUCUCACAAUGAUGGAAAUUCAUCAACAACCUCAGAAUACACCUGUCAGGCUACUUGAAAGAAGUGCAUACAGUGCAAGGUUCUGCUUUAUGGAAAAUCUUCAUAGAAGUGGCACAUUGUCAACAGUUGAGUACACAGUCUUCCAGGAAUGGUUUGAUUAUCUCAUGACAACUGAGAAGCCACAAGUAGACUUGAUAGUUUAUCUGAGAACAUCACCAGAGAAAUGCAUGGAGAGAAUAAAAAUGAGAAGCAGAGAUGAGGAAACUUCUGUAUCAAUGGAGCUUUUAAAUUCUUUACAUGAGAGAUAUGAAGAAUGGCUUAUAAAAAAGGACAAAUUCUAUAUUCCAGCUCCAGUCGUGGUGGUAGAUGGAAAUAAAAGCUUAGACGAUAUGUUUCAGUUUUAUGAAACAAACACUCAGCUUCUCCUUGGGAUCAACGUUUCAAAAACAGAAUGACAUUACAGUUUUAUAGAGAUUAUCCUAUCAUUUAAAUUUGCACAAAUUACACUGUAUAUACAUGAACAUGUAUAUAUUAAUAAUUUGUAUUUGUAUGUAUCUAUAUUAUUGCAAUUUAUAUUAUAAAGCUUUUAAUAAUACACUAAAGAAAAUAAUGUUUGCCACCAAGCUUGCAAAAGCCUGCAUGUUACCCUGGAGAUUUCCAUCCAAUUUAACAACAGUUCUAUCACUCCCGUGUUUUGUUUCUUUUGUACAUAGAUGUGAUUAGAGCAGUUGUACGGAAGAGAAUUGUUUUAUAUGUGAAUUGUAACCAGUGGUUAGGCUUGUUCAAUUUUUUGCAAAAUUUGCAAGUGACAGUGCCUGCUCAGAAGCUUUAUCAUUAGUAACACCAAUAUUAAUUAAUAAAGACACGCUUUUAUAUUUAGAAAUUCAGGAUACUGAAAUGUGUUUGCUCUUUUACAUCUACCUUCAAGUCUUAUAAGUUCCUUUGCUUCUAUUUUUUUAAAUCAGUUAAAUAUUUUGUAUAAAUAUUUAUCAGAGUCAAUCACAUUGAAAAUCUCCUAGGGCAAUCAAUGUCCGUGUUUAAUGUACCUUUCAUAAUUCAGAAGUAUAUACAAACAUCCAGAUUUCUUUCAUUGCUUACACUACAGUAGGUAAGAUUAUUAGACAAAAAAAAAAAAUUAUUAGACAUUUAAAUAUUUCUAGAAUCUUAUUUUCUUUCACAGCAAAUAGUCCUUUCUUACAGUUCAGUUAUGUUGUAAUGUUAAAUUUUAAUCAGUUCCUUAUAAAUGCUUUUCUUAUUGUAAAUCUUAUUCAAUUAAAAUUGAAUAUUAAUUUUAGAAAGAGAGUUAAUACCUUGCCUUAAAAUUCCAACAUUGAGGAAAUGAGAUUGUAGAAUGUCUGCACAGUGUCAUCUCCUUUUUAUCCCAAUAGUUUAAUAAAAUUUCUGUAUUUCUUGUUUUA